AUAUUAAAAGGUAGGACAAAACCGAAUCACUCCCAACAAUGGUCGGUUUAAACUAUUUAUUAUUAAAAUUGACCAUUCAAAAUGCGGUUUAAAUAUGUGUCAUGGUCAGGGGCCUUUCAUUAUUAAUACUUUACCAAACCCAUCAUAUCAUGAUAAACUAAUGACAUGAACACAUAAUGAGAGAAAGAAAUAGAGAGCCACCAGGAAAACCAGAAACUAAACAGAUCAGCUAAAGGUUGAGAUGGACAUGGACAUGGAGAUGGAGUUGAAGAGGUACGUCAAGGUCUGGGUUUUAGCUACAACAUGCUUAUGCUACUGUUACUAUGUAGCAGCAAGGUUACCAAAGGGUGCGUUAAGACUCCUUUCAAUCCUCCCUGUCAUCUACAUCUUCAUCAUUCUCCCCAUCACCCUCACCUCUGUCAGUCUCUGUGGCCCUACUGCUUUCUUUCUGGUUUGGCUUGCUAACUUCAAGCUCCUCCUCUUCUCAUUUGGUCAAGCUCCUUUAUCACCACCACCUCCCAAGCUUUUCCAUUUCAUCUCCUUAGCUUGUCUUCCCAUUAAACUCAUGCAAAAAACAGAUAAUGACAACAACCCAUCUCCCAGUUUCAUGCCCAGGUUACUUCUGGUGAUUAAAACCUUUGUUCUUCUUCUUCUUCUUCAUGUCCAUAAUUACAGGCAGUUCAUUCACCCUUACGUCUUCUUAUCUCUGUAUUGCUUGGAAAUGUACCUACAGAUAGAACUCGUCUUAGCCAUAUCUGCAAUCCCGGCUCGAGCCCUUUUUAGGUUCGAGAUCGAGCCACAGUUCAACGAGCCUUACCUUGCUACAUCUCUGCAAGACUUUUGGGGGCAUAGAUGGAACCUUAUGGUCACUAGUAUUCUGCGACCGACGGUAUACUAUCCUGUAAGCGAGUUUUCAAAGCGAUUAAUUGGGCCGAAAUGGGCCUCGUUGCCAGGUGUCGUAGCGACAUUUGUUGUGUCGGGUUUAAUGCACGAGGUUAUUUUCUUUUAUUUAACGCGUGUGAGUCCCACGUGGGAAGUCACUUGGUUUUUUAUCCUGCAUGGGAUCUGUGUGGCUAUGGAGGUAGCGUUAAAGAAGAUGGUGAAGGACAGGUGGCAGUUGCACCGGGCUAUUUCGGGGCCUUUGGCUGUGAUUUUUGCAGGUGUCACAGGCUUUUGGUUAUUCUUCCCUCAGCUUACUAGAAAUAGAGUGGAUGACCAGGUGGUGUGGGAAUGCUACAUUUUAUUAAAUUUCAUAAAGCAUAAAGUAAGCUCUUUUUUUAUUGGUUGAUGCUGUGUUUAGACCGAUGGAUUUGAGAUAAAUCUCUUGUUUGGAAACUCUAGAUAUUUGUGACCACUCUAGAUAAAUCUCUUGUUUGGAAACUC